AGGCGGCACAGUGACGACCGAUCCCGCUAUGGAAUACUCAAAUUGAUAUUUCCAUUUCAGUGUAUUAUAUAUUCGGCAUGCUGCGCCGUGGCGGCAGAGGAUAGCCGAGUGAAGGAAGGCACCAUGCAAGAGGGCGACAUGAGACCAGGACGACGAGGACAGUUUGACACUCCAAACGUGUGAGCUGCAAGAUGGCACAGCAGCUGUGCCUUUGACGGCGAUCAAGCAUCCUUCCCACGUCGACAUCGUCUGAUUAAGCGGCAUCAUGGCUUUUUGCAAUGAAAGCCUGCUGGAGGGCUGCGACCUGAUGGAGCCGGAUGACGUCGUUGAAACCACAAAGAGCACCCCGUCCGACCCGGGGGCGCCUCUCAUUUCGGUCACGUUGCGCGUGACUCUGGCCGCCGUAAUGAUCUUCAUGAUCACCAUCGGAUUCCUGGGUAACUCCAUUGUGUGCUUGAUCGUCUACCAGAAGCCGGCCAUGCGGUCCGCCAUCAACCUCCUCCUCGCCACGCUGGCCUUCUCGGACAUCAUGCUAUCGCUCCUGUGCAUGCCCUUCACCGCCGUCACGCUAGGGAGCGGCGACUGGAGUUUCGGGAGAGGAUUCUGCCGCACCUCCAUCAUGCUUUACUGGCUCUUUGUCUUGGAGGGCGUGUCCAUACUCCUCAUCAUCAGCGUGGACCGCUUUCUCAUCAUCGUACAGCGCCAGGACAAGUUGACGCCGCACAGAGCAAAGGUCUUGAUUGCAGGUUCGUGGUUGUUAAGUUUAUGCAUCUCUUUACCGUCCGUCGUGGGCUGGAGGACAGGCGCAGCAGACAUAGGGGAUGCCUGGGCGCCGCAGUGCGUGCUGGGUUACAGUGAGUCCGUGGCCGACCGGGCCUAUGCCAUCCUCUUGGCGGUUGCGGUCUUCUUCGCCCCCUUUUCCGUCAUGCUCUACUCUUACUUGUGCAUCCUUAGCACAGUUCGCCACAACACCCUACGCGUCCACAGCCACGCCAGCGAGCACUCCUGCCUGCCGGCCCUCAACCAAGUCAGCAAACGGAGGCUCAUCGGGCUGCAGAGACACCCCCACAUUAAAGUGGACAUGAGCUUCAAAACCAGGGCCUUCACCACCAUCCUCAUCCUGUUCGUGGGCUUCUCAGCAUGCUGGCUGCCAUACACCGUGGUGAGCCUGCUGGCCGUCUUCAGCCGCCGCUUCUACUACAGCCCGGCCUUCUACCCCAUCAGCAUAGGCGCCCUGUGGCUCAGCUACCUGAAGACGGUUUUCAAUCCCAUCAUCUACUGCUGGAGGAUCCGAAAGUUCCGGGAGGCGUGUCAGGAAUUUGUCCCGAAAAGCUGCCGUCUGUGUCCAAAAGUGGUGGGACGGAGCCGAAGGAGGGUGCGACCAAGCAACAUUUACGUCUGCAGCGAGACGCAGUCGGCAGUGUGAAACACGCAAAAUGUCUACUUUUUAUGGUUAAUCUGAUUAUCAACAACAACUACAUACAAAUUUACCCCCUCUUGCUUGGGAUUUUUACAUCAUCUGUGUUGGUUUUCACUACGGACAUGUUGACUAUUUUUUUACAGCGAAAACGUGUUAAGACGCCUCUGCUGGUUGCAGCCAAGUAGCCAACUCCAUUUAAAGGCCAUCAAUUAACAAUCAAUAUCACACAAUUGACGGAAUUGUUAACAGUUGAAUAAUUAAUUUAUUUUUUACUAGUAAUGUUGUGGUUGAAAAUGUCUAUCUUAAAUGUUACGAACCCCUGUUUCCAUGCCACCAGUGUAUCGAACAGAAUAAUGUUGCAAUAACGAAGGCUAUAGUUUAGCUUUCGACAGCUAACAUGUUGACAUUUUAUUUAGAGCAGAAACGUGUUAAGACUUAAUCAACAGCGCCUCUGCUGGUUGCACACUCCAUUUAAAGGGGAACUGCACUUUUUUAUUUUUAUUUUGCCUAUCGUUCACAAUCAUUAUGAAAGACAUUACGACGGAUGUUUUUUUUAAUCCAUUUUAACUCAUAAAACCCAAUUAAAAACAUUCAAAAACCGCCAACAAUACUCUAUUUACAUUUCGUGACUUGAAUAUUUAGCAAGUAUUGGUGAUAUUGUUUAUAAGCGCUAACACACAACAAGCCGUGAUCACAAUCUAUGUGAACAAUAUCGACUGAUCAGCUGUAUCCUAGCUUUCCUGCUUGUGGAAGUUUAUUGUAGAUCAUAAAUAAUGCCUCUUACCUGGAGAUUAGAAGGAUGAGGAUGUAAUCCAACAAGUUGGUACACUUUGACAGCCUAUUUAGACCUGAAAUGGCGAAAAACGACACGUAAAGAUGCUUGGUUCCAUCUAAACGGGAAUAUAACAAGAUUCCAACAGUCGGCAUGCUAAUGACAGCAGACAUUGUACAGUAAGUGAUGUUUUAUUAUACCUGUUGGCUCUCAUGAAGUCUGAGGAUGUAAUCCAACAAGUUGGUACACUUUGACAGCCUAUUUAGACCUGAAAUGGCGAAAAACAACACGUAAAGAUGCUUGGUUCCAUCUAAACGGGAAUAUAACAAGAUUCCAACAGUCGGCAUGCUAAUGACAACAGACAUUGUACAGUAAGUGAUGUUUUAUUAUGCCUGUUGGCUCUCAUGAAGUCUGCAGUGACUUUUGAUCAGUGAUUUAGUUGAAAAAAGAAAGAAAGUUGGGAUGCGUUUUUGAAAUGCUCUGCAAAUUCCAAAAAUUAUCAAAAUAUGUAAAUAUUAAAUGUUAUUAUGAAUGUGCCCGUUACGACAUUACAAAUAUACUUACAUAAAUAAUGUAUAUAAGACCUUAAUAGAGGUGUUUGGAUGUUUUUAGGCAGAUUAAAGCGUCUCCCUUAUGCUCCAUUGUAAGCGGACUUUUGUUCGCAUUUAUUUAGUAUUAAAAAUGCAUUAAAAAAAACUAAACAUGUGUACAUGUCUUACAUAAGGAUUGUGAAUGAUAGGCCAAAUUCCCCAAAAAGUGCCAGAUGGACAGAUUGUUUUUGUUUUGUAGGGAUGCAUAAUUUGUAUUCCUGCUGUCGAAGCACUUCAGAGGAGGGAAGCUACACCAUGCUCAGAUACCAGUUUCACGCACUAAUACCACAAAAUGUGGAUUCUUAUGGUCAUGGUUUGAUUGUCAAAGAUGUUUGGUAAUGUAAUCUGUGAUAUUUCUACCUGAAAAAAUGCUUCUGAUAUUCUCUUACAUGUUGAACAAGUUAAUGGAAUUCAUACCUCUAUCAACCAGAAUAGGUUAUAAAGCAAUAUGCACUUUAUUUCAAUCUGCUAGAAAACAUUUAUUUAGGUAAAAAUAUCACAGAUUACAAUGCAAAACAUCUUUGACAAAGCAUGAUCGUAAUGUUUAUUUUGUUAUGGUUGUUAGACCGGAUUUGGGACGGUAUAGCUCGGUUGGUAGAGCGGCCGUGCCAGCAACUUGAGGGUUGCAGGUUCGAUCCCCGCUUCCGCCAUCCUAGUCACUGCCGUUGUGUCCUUGGGCAAGACACUUUACCCACCUGCUCCCAGUGCCACCCACACUGGUUUAAAUGUAACUUAGAUAUUGGGUUUCACAAUGUAAAGCGCUUUGAGUCACUUGAGAAAAAGCGCUAUAUAAAUGUAAUUCACUUCACUUCAUUUAACACGAAGCCCUAUUAUUGUGAACCCGGAAGUGUGUGAUUGGGAUGAGAAGAGGUGUUUUGACGACGUGAAAGUCUCAGAUAAAAAAUGUAUCUAAACUUCCUGCUUACCGUCUUUCUUUUCUGAUUAGCUUUUAUUCCAUCUUACUACAGCAGUUAGUGUAACAAUCUACAUGUUAUGUUAUCAAUGCACUCAACCGUAAUCCAAACAAGGAAGUAAAGCUUGUUCUCUCUGCAAAUUAAAAUAGUUUUGCCUUGUCAGGAGAACGACUUGCCAUGGCUUUUGGACACAGGAUUUCCAUAAUGUCCCCUUUUCCUUGUGCAUUUCUGCUUGCUAUUUACGAGCUUGUGGCUCAACAAUAACUGAACGCCAUUACAUUCCCCACGCUACAGAAUGGACCAUGGGUCAAAAACGAGUCAGGACGCAUGUGCAUUAAUAGUGCUUUAUUAUCGUGUUAACUUCGACAGCGCUAAUUUAUUGUGGUUUUUUUCACUGUUAAUGUUAUGGUUGAAAAAUGUAUCUCUAAAAAUAAGGAGGAGGAAUUGGGCUGUAGCUUGAGUUCCCAUAAUGCUGCUCUUCUAUAAACAGCAAAUUGGAGAAUGGGAGAAUGUCUCCCUGAAUGUUCUGAACUCCUGUUUCUAUGUCAGUGUUGUAUUGAGCAAAAUGAGGAGGAGUUGUGCCAUAGCAACGUCUUUGUGGAUGCAGCUCAACUUCCACAAGCUGAUGCCAUGCUGUCCGACAGCGAGCAAGUUGAAACUGAAGCAAUAACGCCUCUGCUGGUUGCAAUCAAGUACUGCACUUCUUUUGCACUCCAAUUCAUGAAGACGCGAUUAAUCAACGACACACAAAUGACAGAAUUAGGUCACUCAAGUUCACUGUUAUUUGUUAUAGGAUGGGAUCAUUCCUAUCUGAAUGUUCUGAACUCCUGUUUUCAUGUCAGUGUUGUAUAGAGCAGAAUGAGGAGGAGAGGUUGUGGUAGUUAAAAAUCACAUUGUCCUUUCUUAGACAGCAAACUAGCUGAGACUGAAUCAACAGCGCCGCUGCUGGUAUCAGCCAAGUACUGGGCUUCAUUUUGCCUCAAUUGUUUUAGAAAGACCCGAAUAAUCAGUUACAUCCCAAAAAAAAAGCAAAUUCUUAGCAAUCGUUAUCAUGAAUCAAUUUAAAAUGCCCAUCGUAAGUGGUGAUCAUUACAAUGUCAGUCAUGUUUCUUUAAAAAAAUGGGGGUAGUGAUAUUCUAAAACAUUUGAUUAGUAUUUUGUAAACAUAUUGACUUGCAUAUACUUGACAAGGACAGAAUAAGCCAAAUAAACA